AUGGACCCUGACUCCGAGUAUUUGACCGCCUUUCGCACCCGUUUCGGAACUUUCCGCUGGAAAGUCCUCCCGUUCGGUCUGAAGGUAGGUCCCGCCUGGUUCCAGCAGUUUAUCAACGCGCAGCUUCACGAUCUCCUCGACCGGUGCGCCAGCGCCUACGCAGAUGACGUCCUGAUCUACUCGGAUAAAGAAGAAGACCACUGGAAAGACUGUCAAGAAGUUGACUACCUCGGCGUUCUGCUUGAAGCCGGUGUGGGCCUUAGUGUCGACCCUCGGAAAGUUCGAUCGAUACAAGACUGGAAGUUUGAAGACCUCCGAGACCGCACCGCGAUCCGAUCAUUCGUUGGCCUAUGCAACUUCAUCCGUGUUUUCUGCUACCACGCCUCGGGAGUGGCAGAACCCUUGAACCGGUUGCUUAAGAAGGAUGUUGCCUUUGUGAUGGGCCCGGAGCAACGCGAAGCAUUUGAUCAACUCAAGCGCCUGGCUAUCGAAGCCCCGGUCCUCGCCUUCUUUAGACCAGAACUGCCGACCCGACUGGAGACCGAUGCCUCCCGGAAUGCCACAGCUGGUGUUCUAUGGCAGGAACAGCCUGAUCAGACCUGGAAGCCCGUUGGAUUCUUCUCUAGGACCAUGACCCCGGCCGAGCGAGCCUACCCAAUCCAAGAUCGAGAGCUCCUCGCCGUCGUACAGAGUCUAGAGCACUUCUACCCAGAGCUCUUAGGCCAGAAGUUCGAUGUGAUCACCGACCACGAAGCCUUAGUCCAUUUCUCUACGAAGCGCCUGCUCUCGGUACGACAGAUCAGAUGGUCCGACUUUCUCGCCCAGUUCGACAUCCGUUUCCUCUACCGCCCCGGUCGACUGAACGUAGUCGCCGAUGCCCUCUCAGGAAGACAGCCGAGCUUCCUACCGCUAGGCUUCGCGACCGACUCUCUAGACCCUACGGCCGCCGGCCACCUGCCCCCUCAGAACUUUAGUCCCGAACCUAAGCCUACCAGACCAUUAGUUCUGAGGGCCACGAGUGCCCUACAGACCCCAGAAGACCAAGGGAUACAGCAGACGCCCGAUCAAGACCGCCCAGAACUAGACCCGAACUCGGUCCCGAAGGGACCCGAACUCGUUUCGUUGAUCCGCCAAGAGAACCUCCUCCAAGACCUCGGCACCCAUGGAACACACCUGAUCGUACCAGCCCAGACCUCAGACAAGCAGACGUUUCUUCAGACCGCGCUCAUUCGCGAAGCCCACGAGCCCCAGAUCUUCGCUCACGCCGGACAGAACAAGGUGAUCAAGCUGCUCCAACGAGACUUCUACUGGCCAAGGAUGAAGGAGGAUAUCCGUCGUUAUAUUCGGAACUGCCACGACUGCCGCCGCAACAAAACCCUCGAGACAAGACCCUGGACUGCUCCAUCCACUGCCCGUGCCGACUUCUGUUUGGGAGCACGUCGAAUGUGA